AUUGACUGGCGUACAUUCUUCGAGUGGAUUUUCAUGUGAGUAAGGACGCGGAUCAUGGUCUCAUUCAUUGACCUCUCUCCCGUUCAUCAUUCCAACCAAACCCAUUUCCACCGAAGUAUGUGCCGCUUCGACAAUAUACUUGAAUGACCGUUCUCACCUUUCGGACCUUUUGCCAUACCGUUCAAGGCGAACCGUCAACUCACCAUAGCAGUCAAAAAAUUGAGCGACACGCGAUGGACAACAGCCUUGAAGGCGGGAGCACUGUGGGGUCAGAUAGAGUGUCCUACAGCAUGUCGCUGGGCGAGUAUUGUUAUAAGACACAGGAACUUACGCCCACCCAACGCGAGCUGGAGAUAGCACGCGUCUGCGAACCUUAUAGAAACAUUUCGCUCGCCGCAAUUGCAGAAACACUUCCGUCACAAGCGAUGCAUGACCCCCAGCAUGCUGUCGGUACCCUUCCAGAGGCAGCACCAUCUACCACAGAGUAUCAAGUCAGGAAUGUCAUUGCUCUAGGACUGCUGGCGGAGUACAGACUCGAUCUCGAAAAUUCUCAACUCAUCUCACCCGAGAAAGCUGCCUGGGAUCGCAUAAGGGAGGCAUUGACCGCAUCAAGGGAGAUUGAGCACGAUCUUUAACUACAACUACAUCGGGUCAACGUGGUGGUUGGCGAGGCGGAGGUAUCAAGAAGGAGGUAAAUGAAAAUCACGGGCCGUUCAGCUCCGGUGGCUUGCGUAUCGGAGCCUGCUCACGCCUUUUUGCGAUGGCCAGCUGUGCACUUGAACAGGAUUCGAGGAUUAUCGACAACGAAAGCUGCCCGACCACCUACAUAGUUCAGGUCUCGUCGUUCACACGAAGGAAUCGAAACCUUCUGUGAAAGUGAAGAA